CACAAGGCUUCAGUUUGACUCGUGUGAAAUCUUUUUCUGUGCAGCAUUUGUUCAGGGAGCCAGAAAAGAAGCCUCCAACGGUGGUUUCCAACACCUUCACCGCUCUCGUACUGUCUCCGCUCCUGCUUCUGCUCAUUCUGUGGUUUAAACUCGGAGCCAACAUCUCCAACUUCAGCUUCUCUCCAAGCACCAUCUUGUUCCACCUGGGACACGCAGCCAUGUUGGGCCUGAUGUACGUCUACUGGACCAACCUGAACAUGUUCCAGACUCUGAAGUACCUGGCAAUCAUCGGCGGCGUAACCUUCCUAGCGGGGAACCGCAUGCUGGCCCAGAAAGCAGUGAAGAGAAUGGAGAAAAAAUAAAGACAAAAGAAGAAACUGAUGGUGGUCAUUUUGUAAUUUUAAUUUUUUGGUUUGCUACAAAAUCAGACUCUGGGGAAAAAUGGCACGAAUGUUCAAGAAUCCAAUCGACGGUUUUAAACAUGCAGUACGACUGUGUUGCCAAACAGAAGGGACAGAGACGCCUUGGGACAAACACUGAUGGAUUCUCCUGCAAAGGGCGGUAGAGCUACUGAUCGUUGCACUUUUCUUUUUGUCCAACACAGCAGAGUUUUUCAGUGAAUUUUUUGUGGUUUCUUGAUGAAAUUGGGUUUUGUCCUUUUUUUUUUUUGUACAUUCCUCGUCGUUGAUGCUCUGUGUCCUGUUUCACCUCAGGAAGGAGCUGCUGCUUCUUCUUCUUCCAGAAAUAAUCAACAAUUGGACAUCGCACUGUCACCCCAAAAUAAUAUCAACUACGCUGAUGGGUUUUCCUGUGGUACUCUUUUAUUUUCUACAGAAGAUGCUCCCAGGAUGUGUUGAUGAUAAAAAAUAUGUUUUUGUAAUGAAGAUGGGGAAAAUAAAGAAGCUGAGGUGAA